CCGCCCCCGGCUCCGCAUCGCCGCGGCCGGAGCGCACGCCGCCCGCCCGAGGAUGCUCCGCGCUUUUGUUCCCCCGCCGCAGCCUUUGGGAGGACUCUCGUCCUGACUCGGUGGAGGUUCCUCUCCCUCUUCCCCCAGCCCCUCAUCCCUCCUCGGCGCGGCAGCUCACCCAGGAGGGCAUCAGUAUCAGCCCUCUCCGGUGCGCCGGGGAAGUUGCUGACAUGCCUGCCCCUGGGUCCCGGUGCAGCGGCAGCGGCGGGGAGCCGGAUUUAAAGGGGAAUUGUGCUGCAGACAAUGCACAGCAGCAGCAUCUGGAGCAGCCCUGGGGACUGGAGCUCCGGUUUUGACAUUGCUGCACACACAGCACCAGCCGCAAUGACAGCAGCUGCCUGGAGUGGCUGCAGGCAGCAGGCAGGAGCAUGAAGUAGAGAGAUCACUGCAGUGCUCAAGAUGAACUCCUCUUUGGUUGGCAACCAGAGUGGCCGGCCCUUCUGUCUCCUGGCCAUUAGCUAUUUGGAGACCAUCAAUUUUUGCCUCCUGGAAGUGGUUAUUAUUGUGUUCCUCAUGGUGCUGAUUAUUUCGGGCAACAUUAUUGUGAUAUUUGUCUUUCACUGUGCACCUCUGCUGAACCACCACACCACCAGCUACUUCAUCCAGACUAUGGCGUAUGCUGACCUCCUGGUGGGCGUGAGCUGUCUGGUGCCUUCUUUGUCUCUGCUGCACUAUCCUAUUGUUUUAAGUGAGUCCUUGGUUUGCCAAAUCUUUGGUUAUGUGGUAUCAGUGCUGAAGAGCGUCUCCAUGGCCUCCCUGGCCUGCAUCAGCAUUGACAGAUACAUUGCCAUCACGAAGCCCCUGACCUACAACACGCUGGUUACCCCGUGGAGGCUGCGGAUCUGCAUAUUGACCAUUUGGCUCUACUCCUGCCUGGUCUUCUUACCCUCCUUUCACUGGGGAAAGCCUGGAUAUCACGGGGAUGUGUUCCAGUGGUGCGCCAACUCCUGGAACACCGACGCCUAUUUCACCCUCUUCAUUGUGGUGAUGCUCUACGCCCCGGCCGCUUUCAUCGUUUGCUUCACCUACUUCAACAUCUUCCGCAUCUGCCAGCAGCACACCAAGGAGAUCAACGAGCGGCGCGUGCGCUUCAGCUCGCAGGACGGGGAGGCUGGGGAGGCGCAGCCCUGCCCGGACAAGCGCUAUGCCAUGGUCCUCUUCCGCAUCACCAGCGUCUUCUACAUCCUCUGGUUGCCCUACAUCAUCUAUUUCCUGCUGGAGAGCUCCAAUGUCUACAGUAACCGCGUGGCGUCCUUCUUGACCACUUGGCUUGCCAUUAGCAACAGUUUCUGCAACUGUGUCAUUUACAGUCUCUCCAACAGUGUCUUUCAGAAGGGGCUGAAGCGUCUCUCGGGGGCCAUCUGUGCCUCGUGUGCUAGACAGAGGGUAGCUAAGGACUCCUCUACCUCUAGGAGCAAAAGAUCUUCCAAUGGAUGUCAUGUCUAGGACGCCCAUCAGCUGGACUGGGAAGUGCAGGGACAAUUGCGUAGAUUGCAAAAUAACUUGGAUACAAUUAUAAGAUACCCAGAUUUGCAAAAAGGUUUCUGAGAAAUGCUGCUGACAUAGAAGGAUCAGGAGCACAUAGCGUUGUGCUUUCACUUUAAAAAAUGAUUGCUGUGGAGGAGGCUGUGGAGUUUCACCUCCACAUUCAUUUUAAAGAAUAAAGCUGUAUCUUGACACUUACCUCUCCAGCUGGUGUGACUGAAUGGAGUGGGUGUCUGAGAGCUUCGGCAAAAUGUAGUCUUUCUUACAGCUUUACUGGGUUCUUUGGAGAUUCGUGCUUCACAUGUAAAUGAUAGAUCUGAAGUGGAAAUGUCACAGUCUAUGGUAUAUUACAGGGAUUUUUUUUAAUAUAUGCCAAAGUAUAUUGACACAAUGUUCCAGCGUCAGAACAGAAGGGGCCAAACAAUUUGUUUUUCAGUGCUACCUAGACAGGACUUGUAGAGCAGGAGUGAACAAUGUGAACAUUUCAGUGUGAACUCUGUUAAUGAGCCGUGAGUGCAGCGAUGUGGUCUGGGCAGUCCCACUCCUAGGGCUGGUCUGGCUUCCGUGCCCCGUUUCCCUGGUAGGAUGCAUGUUUGGAUCUGAGUGCAGCAUCUGCGUUUUCCCGUUUGUUGUGAAGUAAGAAGAAAAACUUGGAUCAGACCAAAUUUAGCAGUUAAAUAAAAUGUGUUUUGAUAAGCUAAGAGAAAAUACGUGUUGCUUUAUGAUACCAGAGUUGUGGCAGCCACUCAAGGAUGAUGCCAACAUGUGAAAAUUGUUCUCAAACCAGUGGAGAAAUGCCGGGGGUUUGUAUGUGGAAAUUUUCUCAAGAACAACUUUAAAAAUAACAUGUCCCCUUUUUUUUUUUUUUUUUUUUUUUUUUUAAUCUAAAUUCUUCUGAUAUUUUACAUACUGGAACUUAAGGGGAAAGGAAAGAAAACAAUGGUCUUCUAAACAGCUAAGGGAACUAUGUUGUAAAUUUAACUGUAGUAUUUGAGUUAUUCAUAAGUGCACAGAGCUAAAUCAGAGACAUUUUUCUUUAGCCUUCAUGGGAUUAAAGAUGGUUCAAAUAUAGCAGGAGCUAAAUCCUGUUGGCAAAAGCAUAUCUGACUGGUCAGACAAAGGCAAUAUCUGAGGAACCAAAUCUCAUUGACCACAGCUUGUUCAAGCUAGCCUAGAUUAAAUGUUUUGAGUACUGUCAUGCUGUUAAGAAGGCAGAACGGCCCUCAAAUUGUUGAAUUUUUCCUAAAGAAUAUCCUUGUCUUUUUACUGUGCCAUUUUGGAAAUGAAAGUGAACCAAGUAUUUCUGUAGUGGUGGAUUGCAGUGUCACCCUGUCCCUGGUGCAGGGCUGUCCCUCUGUCUCUCCUGCUCUGAGAGGAGGUUGUGCCCCCCGACCAUCUGCCCUCUGUGCCCCUCCUUGUGCUUCCCAUCACUGCCUUGGGCUGCUGAGUGGGGAAUUCCCUGAACUCCUCUGGUACAGCUGGUGUGCUCUUAGUCACAGUGGGAAUGAAAAAAGAUAGGGAAAAUAAUGUGAUAUUUUUAGAAUUGGGGUAAUUCUCUUGGCCAAAGGGAAGGCUUUGUUUUUGUUAAAUUCUUUCAAGUCUGUGUUGUUCUAGAUCAGGAUCAUAUUUUUAAUACUCUGCCCUGUCCUCCUGCAAACUCCCCCCUCCUCUCUGCUGUGCUGUGAGCCCUGGCCUCUCCUCUCUCUGCCUUGCCCUGGAGGAUUCCAGCUUGUCUCUGCCCCAUCACAUGCCACGAUUGCUACAGCCCAGCCCUGCUGCCCAUCCACAUUUGCUCCAGUACAGUCUCAUGGGGCUGUCAGUGAGGAAAUGGGGCAGGAGAGAGAGAGCAGCAGGACGAAGCAUUCCUGGCAUGGCAUGUAUGUGUCAGCACUCAGUGCUGGUACACUUGAGUUCCUCUCCUGGAUGUGUGUGUACCUGUUCAGGGGAGGAUGGGGCAGAGCCCCCUGCUACUGCUGCCUCCUCCUGUUGGAGGGCCCUGGGGCAAAGCAUUUAAGUGGCACCUUGAUCAACUUCCAGCUAUUUCACCCAUAGCCAGUCCAAAGCUCUCAAGAGAAACAUCCUCUUCAGUUCAUCUGAAAUUUUAAGAGCACAGGUUGUCUAAACCCUGCUGCCUUCACGCCACCAUUUCUUGCAGUCUGUAAGAAGGAGCAGAGGGGCUUGUGCUGGCUCCUGGCACAGCCUGGGGGUUUGCUGGGCACAGGGGGAGUUUUGGGGGAGCACAGGCCUGGAGUGACUCACUUGGAAAAGAAGUGGGAUAAUGAGCUCCUGCACAUCCUGGCUGAUUGUCUCCAGUGCUCUGUGGGUGUGAUGGCAAAGGUGGGCUUGGGGAACAGUUCAAGGGCUCUAGUUGCUAAUAUCAAAGUGUGUGUGUGUGGUAUUUUUGGAACAGCCUCUCAGGUAAAUUCCCCGUAGCCUUUCUCUGACUCUUCACCUUAUCUAACAUUUCCAAGUCUUUGAAAUGAUGCAGUGUAUCACUGAAAUAGCAUUUGAUUGAACUUAAUAGAAGAGAAGAAUCUGCUGGGGCCUAAAACCCUAGAAAUGGCAGCUUCAGUUUUAAGUGAAAGCUGCAAAGCAAAGAUUGUUGCUUUAGGGUUUUUUAUGGCUAAAUAGAGGAUUUAAACAGGAGCAUUGUGUGCUAGUUUUUGAAAAUUUUGAAAGUUUUUGAAACUGGUAAGGGGUCUAAAUCAUGGCACAGAGAUUUUACUGGAGCUGAAGCAGAUACUCCUUCAGCCCUGAGCCUGGAAUUGCACUUGGAGCGUGGUGGCUGAUCCAGAUGCAGAUGCAUUCUUGCAGCUGUUGCUGCUUUGCAGCAAAAGUUCAGUUCUAACAUUCCUGACAGCCAGGCUGUUUUCAGUUGCCUUACUCAUCCCCAAGUCUUCCCCAGCUCAGACAUUUCCUGUAAGAGGUGAAAAUCAGAACCUGGAAGUCUCCUGGAAGUAGAAGGAUGGAGAGGAGUUGCAGCCAGUUGAUUAUUCCAGUUUCAUCCACUGUACAGACACUUUUAUGUUGCCUCAUUAGCUUGGUUUUAGUGUCAAAUAUUUCUCUUUUUGUCUCUGUUAAUUUAUUGAUAUUUGAAAAAUUUAAAGCACCUUUUUUCCCUCUUAAUUUAAUGUUACUGUAGUAUGUGUAGUAUGUGUUUAGGUGUUUUAAAUAUUUAUAGCAUUUGAGUCUGUUGUCUUCAGUGAAAUGGCAGGGGGUGAAUUCUGUUCACGGUGCCAAUGGUGGGAAACAUAAUUUUGACAAACAUGACUUUGUUUCUCAGCAGAGCAUUGAGCACCUUUUGUCAUGCACCCAACACAGCACAGGGGUUCUUGCUAGGAAUGGUCAGGCAGCAGAUUUUCCAGCUGGAUCAUUUUCAUCCUCCACAUCUGAACUGAAUCCACUUCUGGCUCUGUUUGUGUCUGGGUGCUUUGGAAAUCGGUGGUGAGAGCAUUGCACAGAUAAAUGCCACGCUGAGGAGAGGACAGAAAUCAAAUUGCAUCUUCAUAAAAAUGGGGCUGUGAUAUGAUUAAAUGAACUAAUUUUGAAGUUCCAUCUCAGACUAUAAAUUUAUUUUUUAUUAGAGUUAUCUGCCUCACUUUCAAAUUAAGCUGCUGGAAGGUUCAAUUUGCAAGAUGCAAUUCAGUGGCUUUUUUUAGUGCCAUGGGAAGGAUUUCUAUACUCCCAGCUUCUCAGAAGAUGGUAACUUGCUUCAUGUGGAAGUCCUUUUUUUUUUUUUUUAAAAAAAAAAUAUUACUGGAAGUUUAGGUUGUGAUUAUGUUGUCAUUUUCCAAAUAUACUGGGAAAAUAGCUGUGAAAUAUUAUUUUUUUAUUAUCUCAAUCAAGGGAUAGUAUUUUUAAACUCAGCAGAAAUCUUUUGUGUCAAACAAAAGUUCUGCUAUUAUCUGCUGUUAAUUUUUUUAUUAAAUGUUACCAGUUUCUACAGUCUUUAUUUGUUGCUGGGGAGUUUGUUUUUAGGCUUUUUAUCACUCAGAAAUAUGUUUCUACUACUUGGAAUUCUGACAUGGCUCAGUGUCAGAGGGCCAAGGGGCAGUUUUGGAUAUUUGUCACAAGUCUUUGACAGGAAGAAGGGGUACAAAGUACUGAGGCACAGAGAAUUGCAGGAGACAGAGAGUUCCCAAUGGCAUUGUUCCCUCCCUCUCACAUAAACACUCUGUGUGUGAGAACCCUAAAUUUCAGUUGGUCUGUUCUGAAAAAAGACACUUCCAAGGCCUGGAUGUGAUAUGAGAUGGAAACAUUCAGUGUGCAAAUUCUACAUGGAGAUUUUUUGCUAUUUAUCAUGGUGUUCCCAAGUGCUGCGAUUAUCAAGGCAGUAACUCCAGGAGUCAGGAAGUCUGAAAUAUUUCAGUCUGAUCUUACUUCACAUCAGGGUCUGAAGUUGACAGAACUUCUAAGUCUGGUUGGUGCUUUAAAAGAUACUUCUUAGGAACCAGUAUGUGAGCACAGGAAUCUGCCUUCAGACUGUACAAACAAAAGACCCCUCUAAAAAUCUUCCAAUAAUCUGUUUUAGAUAAUUUAAUAAGAGGAGGUGGAGGUUUUGGAAGGCUAUUUUUUUUCUGUUUUAGCACAUGUUUGGUUCUGAGUUUUUGAAGCACCUGCUGAAACUUUUGCCUGACUUGGCCCUUAUUUUAUUGCUUGGUUUAGAAUUGUUUCUUCUUCCCUUCCAUGACUUUGCAGAAUACAGCACAUCCUUCCCCUGGUGUCAUUCAAGAUAAACCUCAGAUUUUAAUCCAAGUUUAUCCAAAUGUUAUCUUUAAUAUUCCCUAUACGCUGGGCCCCAUUCUGUGUGUGGGGCUGUGGCCAGGCCAGGCUGGGGAGGCUGCAGCUGGUCAGGCUUUCCAGACUGUCUCCAUCAAAGCAAACAGCCCCUCUUUUGGGGUUGGGAGAAUGUCCCAUUUUCACUGCAGAGAAAUGUGUUCUCCUGCCUUCUGAGCUGGUGUCUUACUUCCAGUUGGUGUUUCCAUUAUUGCCUGGGCUUUGCAGAGGUACUGCUUCCAAAGAUGUUUCUGCACAUAAGCAAAGGCAUUUAAUACUAAAGUUAUGGUUUUGGAAGGGGAUGGGUCUUGAACAUUAAAAUUUAGUAAGUGUAGGACCAGGUGCUGUUGUGUUCAGAGAAAGAAACUGAAAGUCUGAAAGUUGUGGUUGAUGGGAACAAAGACAGGAAGCCUGCUGGAGAUGGGUCAAAACAAUGGAGUAUUGAAUGUGAGUUGUUUUCUUUACAAUACACACUUUUAAAUAUGGAGUUUAACCUUCUUGCUUUGGCUUUGCUGCUCCCUGGAGGCAGCUCCUCUGAGCCUGAGUCCCCCACACCCAGCCCAAGGGAUUCCCUGCAGACCUGGGGUGAUGAUCAGCCCCUCAUUGGAGUUCAGGUCACGUCAGUCUGUGUCCUGUUGUCUGUCUGAGGUGUUCCAGCCACAGGCAGUUAAUCUGAUGGGAUAUGCUUUGGUCAGCUCUUCAGUUUUUUUCCCUGUGGCAUUGCUUUCUAGACAGGUGAAUUGUUUGUUUCUAGAGGCAGCUUCCCUGAGCUGAUCACAGGAUGUGCAGGCUCUGCUCCAGGAGAGCCCAGGAGGCACCAGGUCCCGUUGGUGGGUUGGGAACCAGCAGCUUUAUUGGCUCAGAAGUUGUAAGAAGUGCUGAGUGGAUGCACAUUGCAUGAGAUGAUGUUUAGAGUAGGGGUUUAGAGGGACACCCAUGUUUGGAAGGAGGGGAUUGGGGAAGGCUCCACCUGCCUGUGUGUGAGGCCUGAGCUGCAGCCCAGGGGGCUGGGACAGAGCAGGCACUCCAGACUCUGUUCUGACUUCCAUUUCGGAAUUUGUAAGAUGAAGAUAGCAAUUUUGUAGUUCAAAGCUUUGGCUUCUUUCUGAUGGCCAUUACUGGAGAUCCUUCCACUAAAAGGUGAAAUAAAUUCGAGUGGCUCCUCGUGAAGAUGAACUCAACUCUUGCUGUGCAUAUGGGAGUCAUUCUCAGUGUUACACAGAGCACGUGAACCAGGCAAUCAAAUGCUUAAUAAACCAAGUCAUUACUUUUAUGGUAAAUUGAAAAAAGUUCUUCUGGGAUUUCAACUGUAAAUGAAUCCUUGAAAAUCAAUAAUUAGAUUAGUAAAGGAUGACGUUUUAAUGUGCUGGCAUGAAUAUAGAGGGAUUUGUCAGGGGAAGCAAAACCAGACUUUGCACUAAAGUGGCUUAAGUAUAUUUAUAGUGCUAGUGAUUCUGUGUGUGUGUGUGGGAUCUUUGGACUAUUUUAAUAUAAUGUAAGGCUUUGAGCUUUAGCAAACUCAAGUUGCUCGUUUUAUGAAGUUACAUUAGUACCACACUGUGAAGUAUUUUUAAAUAUUAGCAUUACUGAGUAUGAAAAGUAUUUCAUAAAAACAUUUUUUAAAACGUUUUCUGUAGAUGCUGUCGAAUGAAUUGAUGUUUAGUGUACAAAGAAAUAAAACCUGAGGGCUGUAAGGUACCUGUAUGUUUCUGAUCACCUCGGUUUUUGAGGGGUUAGGUAUUUCUUGAGGUUAAAUUGUCAUUGAACCCUUCUAAAAAUACUGGUGCAGUUAAUCCUUUCAGAGAACAGAAAGCAGCAUUACCUCCAGCCACGCUUUUGAAGUGUCUGAAAGGAUUUGCAAUCGUUGUAUUGUCUUGACAGACUCAUGUCUUUAGAAAUGCUGUACAGCGCAGUCUUUUGCAAGUUCCUAUGCUGAUACAUUUCUCUCCAUAUGUAACCUUUGAAAUCUAGUUUCUAUUGUAAUUCUAGCAUGUAAA